UGUGAAGGUAACGGUAUAGUUUAAAUGUAUGAAGUGUGUCGUGUUUCAUCUCACAAUGGGGUCAUCGUUCGUGAUAAAUCGUCAUCCGUAGGUUCACAAUUGGUCGUAAUUAGUUCGGCUGCACCGAAGGCGCCGUACGCGAGUGUAAUUCAACAACUUAUUGCCAUGGACUACUGCCAAGUCGGUCGCUUCUCGCGUACUCAUUGAGCCGAAUGCACGGCGGCGCCGCUGAAUAUAAUUCUUAUUCGUUUUUCAAUGUUCGAUACAUUUUUUAUUCAUCAGUCGCCGUGUGCUUAUCGUGAGGCAUCUAUUUGUGUUGGAUGAUGUGUCUGUGUUAACAGUGAUAAAUGUAUUCUUGUUUAUGAAAAUAUUCUAAAAAUAGUUGGAGGAAUAACUUCUGUGUGUACCAACACAACUUUUAAAUAAGGUGACAUCAUAUUUACUACUGUGCUAACAUAGACUGAUAGAAGAUUAGAAGCUGCAUGCUGAAGAAAUCAAGACUGAUAGGAACUGAAUGAUGUCCUAAGAUCGCGAGGAUGUCGAAGGUGCUAAGGAAGUUGGGCGACGCGCUGCCGGACGAGCGGCCGCUGCUGUCUCUGCAGAUCGUGGAAAGCGUGGCCAAGUGCCCGGCCGGGUACAAGCCCGUCAGCCGCACGUAUGACGAGGACGCCGACGCGGGCCUGCUCCGGCAAACUGGCCUCUUCGGGAAGAAGCCCAGCCACUACAUCUGCUUGUCCAAGUCCGAAGGCGUGCCCGGCUACGUGAUGGACGGCGUGGUGGUAGUAGGCGAGCGCGAGCCGGCGCCGGCCGGUUUCAGCGUGGCGGGCCGCGCGGGCAAGCGGCGCCUGUGCACGCGCGUGUCGCGGCCCGCCGCGCCGCACCGCGCGCCCGCCGUCACCGACGUCAUCGUCUGCUCACGCAUGCGCAGCGCGCCGCAGGGGUUCAUACUGGCCGGCGAGAUCAACGGCAAGAUGGUUUGCUACAAGGUGAGCGGCGGCAGCGCGGAUGUUUCCCCGGUCCACAAUGAAUACGAGAACCUUGUCACGCAUCUCACGCCUGAGGCCAAUAGGAGACUACGGCCAGCGCCAGAAAGGCCGCCGAAGCUCUCCCCACUAAUCUCCGACCUCAACAACUUAAACCUGAAAUCGCCAACCCACCCACACAUCGAGGAGUUCACGACAGACCACGACUACGAGGCUUUAAGCCCCUCGUACGUGAAGCCUGCGCGCGCGGCACCGCGACCGCCCGUGUCUCCCGCCGCGCCGCCAAGGGUCAAGGGACCGGCGCCGCUGCCAAGAAAUAAUAACUACCAGACGCUGGGCGGAUAUAGUGGGCUGGAGGGAGUGCCUUUCUUGCUCAAUCCUAAGCUGAGGGGACUGCCGGAUGAUGCGCUGACACAGCUGCCAUCGGUAAAGCGGCGCACGCGCUUCGAGCUGGAUCGCGAGUAUUCUUACAACUUCGCCACCGAGCGGCAGACGUGAGUCGAGGACACAUCCUUAGGUACACGCCCGUAGUACUAACUUUAUACGCAAGGCGGGGCAUGGGCUGGGCAUACUAAAGUAUAUUCAAUUUUAUGUAUGUAUAAAUAAGGACGUGAUUGAUUUGAAACUGUGCCCUCGUCUUAUGAAAUGUGCACUAGCAACUCAUUACGCACAUUUAUGUAAUUUAUUAAUUGAUAGUUCGUACUACGGGCGGUUAGACUGUUAUUAAUUCAAAUUCUACUAAACCUCAGCUUGAAAUUACUCCUCUUAUAGGAGGUUUCGUAAAACCCUGCAAUUCCUGCAAUCGACUAUUACAUUGUAAAGUGUUGAAGUAUUAAAUUAACAAUAGACAAAGUUAAACAUAAUAGAAACAAUAUACAAUAGGCAAUAGUAGCGGUUGAGUGGGUCUCGCUUUGGGUAUCCUGUGCGGGAUUCACUGAUUGUUGGAUUAGAGAAUAUGAGUGUAGAACAGUCGAAUUCAUGACUGAUAAAUCUAUCUAUUAAUAGAUUAUAUUGUUGGUAUCAUACCACGACAUUGAUAAACAUAAAUCUCAUUGUGUUCAUGUAACUGAAAAGCUUUUAUUUAAUCGUGAAUUCUUCAUUUAUUGACUGCAUAUUUAUUAUUAUUAUAUUCAUAGAGAUUAAAGCUGUUACUGUCUGAUUUUGAUAAGAAUGGAGAUUACUUUUUGUAACUAAACAGACUAACCUUUCUACUUAGAUCUAAGUUCGAGUCUCUGCAAAAUACGUAGACUUCAGAAUAUCUAUAAAAUAUUUCAGUAUUUUAUGAAUGAGAUUCGAUAUAAUCCUACUGUUCUUAUUUAACGGUUGUGUAUAUACACUUAGGAGUAAGAUUUAAGGAAUUUAAAACCAAGACAAAUGUAAAUUAGAAUUUUAUGAUUUGCCCAUAUUUCCUGUUUGACUGGUUGUGUUGCCACAAUCAUUGCAACCAAUGAACUUUUCCGCUCAUUCCAUUCAGUUGUUACGUUUAUGUAAUAGCAUUGAAUGUCUACAAUUUUUCGAAUGUUGAGAACUUUUGUUGCUCAACCUAACGAUAACACGAAUUUGGCAGGUAACGUAAAAUAGCAAUUUCUAGACAUAUCCCUGUGUAUAGAAAUAGGGUGCGGUGUGUUUAAUGGAGUGGAGGCCUUGGGCGGCGAAGAGACUGAUGUAUGACCGAGCAUCCCUCGCGAAUGCGGGGUGUUAUGUUUCAUAUUGUAAUAAGAAUGUUGUAUUAUAAAAACGAUCGAAUACUUGAUUCGAACACAAAUGGUCUAUUGUUUUAACGCACGUGUGGUACUAAUGAGUACAUUGCACGUAGACACUUGUAGAAAUCUCCCUUUUCCUUAUUAAGCGGAUGAGUAAUGUUAUAAAUAAAAAUAUGUGUCAUAUUUGAUAGUUUCCUGCUCUGUUUAGCUGGUUUGGGUGAUGUUACGGCUCACCUUUGUUUACAUUAUAAAUGGGCGCGACUUUACACGAGCUCAGUGUGCCAACUCUCAGUACAAUGUUCCGUUACCGGGCAGAAGCCAGCCAAAUUGACUAGUCAACGUUAGAGUCACGUUUUACACGCGACUAAUGUUACUGCAUUUUAAUUAUUGAUGAUCUGUUAGCUCAAUGGGAUGUAUACUAAAUUCUUUAAUUUUUGUAAACUAACCAUUUUAAUGGAAUUGCCAUUAUUAGGACCAAUUCAUUUAUUGUAUGAUUUUAUCCAGUUUGAAUUAAUUUUAGUUAAUUUAUUGUGUAUUAUGUAAUUUUUUUCGAAUGUUCAUGUUCUGUAAGAAUUUUGUCUGCGGUGUGUUCACCACGAAUUGUAGCGUAUUGCCACUCUUUGUCAAUUUAUUGUACAUAUCUAGUAAUUAUGUUAGAAUUUAUGCGACUGUUUCUUAUCGUUAAGGUAUGAAGGCACGACAUCUCGAUUGGAAAUGUCUUAUUGGAAAUCUAUGUUAUACUUUAACAAGUUGUCGCCCUUCGUAUCAGUCGAUCUGUGCUAGUUAAUGUACUUCCUGGUGGGCAUGCGGUGCUUAAAUGACUUUAGCAGUGCCUUCAUGGCAAUCAGUGAUAUCAGAAUGAUAUUCAGUAAUUAAUUUUGGUUUUUCAACAGGACAUGCGACUAUGUACUGCUUUAUCUCGAAAUAACACUAAUGCCCGCCACUGUUGAAAUAAAUAAUAAAAAACCCGAAAUUGUCACAAAUGCAAUGUUUCAUUAUUAAUAUAUUUAUUGA